GCUUGUGGGAGUGGGAGGGGUUGGGAUGAGGCGGGGGGCGGGGCUCUAUGGCAGGUGACUUCUGUGGGUCAGGUGACCGCCGGCCGGGAAGGAAGUGCGCUAGGCCAGCCCCGGGUCCCCCACUCCCCGCAGCCCGCAGUCCCCAUCCCUUGGCCCCGGGAGUCACACGGACCCCGGCGGUGUGGCAGCAUCAGGGCAGCUGCCUUUGCACCGCCUGACCAUGGCGUGGACCAAGUACCAGCUGUUCCUGGCCGGGCUCAUGCUGAUCACCGGCUCCAUCAACACCCUCUCGGCCAAAUGGGCUGACAACUUUAAGACUGAGGGCUGUGGAGGAAGCCAGGCCCACAGCUUCCAGCAUCCUUUCCUCCAGGCAGUAGGCAUGUUCCUGGGGGAGUUUUCCUGCCUAGCAGCCUUCUACUUACUUCAGUGCAGAAUUUGGGGGCGCACAGAAUCUAGUGUGGAACACCAGCAGUCCUUCAAUGCACUGCUUUUCCUGCCUCCUGCCCUCUGUGACAUGACUGGGACCAGCAUUAUGUAUGUGGCCCUGAACAUGACUAGUGCCUCCAGCUUCCAGAUGCUUCGUGGGGCUGUGAUCAUCUUCACGGGUCUUCUUUCCGUGGCUUUCCUGGGAAGAAAGCUGCUGCCAAGCCAGUGGGUGGGCAUCUUUGCCACGAUCGUGGGCUUGGUAGUUGUGGGUCUGGCUGACCUCACGAGCAAGCAUGAAGAUCAACACAAGGUCAGCGAUGUGAUCACAGGAGAUCUGCUGAUCAUCAUGGCACAAGUGAUUGUCUCCAUCCAAAUGGUGCUGGAGGAAAAAUUUGUCUACAAACACAACGUGCACCCGCUUCGGGCAGUGGGUACUGAAGGGUUCUUUGGCUUUGUGAUCCUCGCUUUGCUGCUGGUGCCCAUGUACUACAUCCCUGCCGGCGCCUUCAGUGGGAACCCCCGGGGCGUGCUAGAAGAUGCAUUGGAUGCCUUCUGCCAGCUGGGAAGGCAGCCACUGAUCAUCGUGGCACUGUUGGGCAACAUUAGCAGCAUUGCUUUCUUCAACUUCGCUGGCAUCAGCGUCACCAAGGAGAUGAGUGCCACCACCCGCAUGGUACUGGACAGCCUCCGUACUGUGGUCAUCUGGGCCUUCAGCCUGGCACUGGGCUGGGAGACUUUUCACCCACUGCAGAUCCUAGGUUUCUUCAUCCUCCUGGUGGGCACAGCUCUCUACAAUGGGCUGCACCAGCCCCUGCUGGCCCGUCUGCCCUGGUGUCAGCCCCCAGCUGAGGAUCGUGAGCGGGAAAGCCUGCUUGGGGGCAACCAUACUCCCAUUAAUGAGAACAGCUGAAUCUCCACCAGCUCUGCCAUUGACUGAACCCUGAAUUUUAGGCUCCUCUUCCCUGAAGACAGGGAUCCCUGGGAUCCUCAGGAGGAACCUGGGAAAUAGGGUGUCUAAGGUCCUUUCUCCCACCUUGUUGCCUUCUCCUUCAGGAGGACACUGGAUGUGCCAUUGGAGUUGAAACCCAGCUCCACUGUCCUUUCCUCUAACAGUGUUUCUCAACUUCCUUUGAUCCAAGACAUACCCUAAAAACCUGCAGAGGACCCAGAGACCCAGGAGAAGGGCUUGGGCUCCCCUGCAUCUGUCUCCAGCCUCAUUAUAUAAAGUGAUGGACUGAACCAGGCACCUGAAUUGCUCUGAUUUGCUAAAUCACAAAUCCAGACUGAAUAUUAAUCAUUUCCCCUGAAUCAUGAAUCAAAUUUAGUUUUCUAAAAAAAAAAUACCACUUCAGAACCAGACUUAAACCUGUGUAUGUUUCAGACCUGGGUACUGCUGGGUCAUCUGCAGAAUGUGCCUGAGCCAUCCGGUCAUGAAUGUCAUGAGCUGAAUAAGCAUCAGGCUUCGUUGAUUUGGCCCCCAGGUCCAUCUCCAUUCUUUUCUACCUUUUCCCUGGGCAGCAGGCAUAGUUCUUCUCCACAAUGAUGACAUGAGAUGAUGACAUGAUGACAGGGUAGUUCUGCUUAGGUCACAGGUGUUAGUGGUUUACACUGCUGCUGGCAGCUACCUGACCUACAGUCUAGAUGCCAAGGAGCACAGGCUGAUUGGGGUUGGGCCAGGACUUCAGCUGCGUCUGCUGGAGGAUGGGGAGGAGACACUCGGUGGCACUUUGAACUAUUGCCUUUGGCAUUUCUUUUUUAAAAGUAAAACCUAAUAGAAGAGCGAUCCAUGA